UUGGAGGGGGGUCACGUGGCCGGAAGGCGCGCGUUGCCAUGGGAACAUGGCGCAACGGUUUUGGGCGCUGCGGUGCUGCCGCUGCCGCCUCUUCCAGGUGCAGCAGGCUAAGCGGAGCGGGAAGUGGAGCUGCGCCGUGUGCGGGCAGAAGCAGGCGGUGCAAAAGGUUUACGGCGAAGGGUCUGGGCUGGACUGCAGACUCCAUGUCCAAAAAUUAAACUUACUGCAGGGUGAGGCAGAGGAAGCCCUUAGUUGGACAUCUCGGUGCACAGAAGAAUCUGUAGGUGACAACAAGCAUAUAGCAGUCCAAUAUGAAGACAAUUUGGUCCAGGAGGAAGGAAAGGCAGAAGUCAGUCGCUGGAGUAAAUAUCUGGACCAAGUCAAUGAAACUCAGGAAGAUGAGGAUGAGGAAACAGGAGGUACAGAAAGGCAACAGUUCUGCUCCAAGAGGAAGAAUGCUGUGGAAGAACAAAGGAAUCACCAGAGCAGCUUCCCCUAUGCUGAUGUUCAGGAGUUAUCGGAGGAAAAUGGAGCUUUCCAGCUUGCCUGUGAAGCCAAAAAGGUUAAAACCUCUGAGCGCAAGCAAUGUUCAGUAGCAGUGCCUCAUCGAGUUGAUGGAGAUGCUGUUUGUGGAGGCAGUAUGAUUCGUGCUCUCUGUGAGUCUGUGGUGUCUGAGGGGAAUAUGCAAACCUCGGCUCUUUCUGUCAAGCCCUCAAAGUGGGAAAAAUUUCUCUCAUGUUCUGACAACUGUAGUGAAAAUGCUGCCAGAGUCACCUUGUCACCACAGGAGGGCAGUAGAAAGUUGGGGCUGCACAACACCACUACAGCAGCCAUCUUUAAGGCCAGUAGAUACUCCAAACAGGCUGGAAAUUUUCUACCUCCCAGUGUAGGCCCUGAGGUUAAAAAGUGCCUUGCUAGUACUGAGCAGCUUGCCUCAAAACUGCCUAGCACUCUACUGCCUGCUAAUUGCCCAGAUGAUGAGGACGUGUUGUUCAAAGAACCUCGAGGGCCUUUGAUAAGGGCAGGAUCUGGUGUUUCAGAUACCACUGCAGAAAGGUGCCAUAUGGCUCACACGGUAAUGCCCAUCUGCCCUCCUGCAACUACCCUUGCUAACUCUGACUCUGGUCUAAACCCCUACAGCAUUUCACAUGAACAGCUGUUCUGCACAGGUGAUGAGUUUGAUGAUGAUAUCUGAGCAGCUCUGGGAUCUUUGUCCUGGCUUUCUUGGUUGUAUCCCUACAGUUUAUUUUGUGAUGUUGAAUACUGACAUGAGGUUUUGAACUGAGGCCUGUUUUUUAUUCAACCCUUUCAGAAUUGCACUAUUAAAAGUUGUUUAUUUGC